CGAUCCAGAACGAAGCUUCCAUGCCGAGCGAGAUCGCCAAUCGGUAGCAACUUCGGCACAGGCCGUCUGCCCCGUACAUAUAAUACCUGCGUAUAUCUCUAGGACCUUACCGAUUCACCCGCCCCCUGGCCAUGACGGUGGACUUGCCAGUGUCCACAAUGGCCAUGGUGGUGUUGCUGGGCCCCGCCGUAGUGCUCUGGGCGAUCGUCGAGGCUGCCACGCUGGCGCAGCGUGCGGUAGGCAAGGAGACGCCGUCCUUGGGACCGCUGACCGGCGAGAAGAUGCUGUCUCUGCUCCGCUGCAGCUCGAUCCUCGCCGGGGUGCUCUUCUUGUGCUACUUCUGCGAGCACCUCAUGUGGAACCAGCCGGCCGAGAAGGUGGUGCGUCCCGAGAUGUACUGGGGCAGUUUCGUCGUACUCAUUCUGGGAUCGUUGUUAACCAUCCGCAAGACAGACAGCAAAGACUUCAUGAACCGAGAGCAGACGGAGGAGUGGAAGGGUUGGAUGCAGUUCCUCUUCUUGCAGUACCACUACUGGAAGAUGGAGGACGCGUACAAGGACAUCCGCGUCUACAUCACAUGCUAUUUGUGGAUGACGGGCUUCGGGAAUUUUUCUUUCUUCUACGUGAAGCGAGACUAUAGCCUCCUGCGUGUCUUGCAGAUGAUUUGGCGAAUGAAUUUCUUUGUAGUCUUCCUGUGCCUGACCAUGGACAAUCCCUACAUCGUGUACUACAUCUGUCCUUUGCACACGUUCUAUUUCCUUGUGACUUACGCGACCAUGGUCGUCUGGUCCGAGGUGAACCACCGUCAGUACGCACCAGUGUUCAAGGUGAUCACGUGUGCUGCCUUGCUGUACACUGUGUACGACCUCAUUCCCAGAUCCUUCGACGUCUUCUUCUACUGGCUCGGCAACAAGUCAACUGGUGCGCCGAUCGGUGCUCACGGCGUUGAGUGGGAGUGGUAUUUCCGCAGUUUCUUGGACCACUUCUCAACGUGUUGGGGGAUGGUCUUCGCUCUAAACAUGCCGUUUCUUGCGGAGUGGUUCAAGAAGGUGGAGAGUUUCUCGUUGGCUCGCGAGUGGGGCAUCAAGGGGAUCGUUGGGGUUGGGCUCUUGGGGAUGAGCGCCGCCUGGGCAGCGAACAUUUACACCCGCGACAAGAGCGGCUACAACGCCCUCCACUGCUAUUACGCGGUCGUGCCCCUGCUUACGUACUUGUUCCUCCGAAACAUUUCAAAGACUUUCAGGAGCUACUACCUCCACGGCCUGCAUUGGUUCGGCACUAUCACGCUCGAGUCGUACCUCCUUCAGUACCACGUGUGGCUCGCCGACAACGCCGCCAAGCUGUUGAACAUCAUAGAGGGCCAGUGGCUCCUCACCUUUGUGAUUGCCUCGGUCCUGCACGUGUUCCUCGCCACCCAGGUAUUCAACAUCACCAAUAAGCUCCGCAGCUUAGUGCUUCCGAACAAUCUGCCGGAGGCACUGCGCAAUCUGGCAUUGCUCAUGGGCGGCGUGUUCGCCAGUUUCCUGGUGGCACACGGCUUCAGCCGCAGCGGCCUGGGGGCAGGCUCUUUGUGCUUGGUCGUGCUGGCAGUCACCGCCAGCAUCGUCGGCGCGCUCUGGAUGGCGUCGGAGGUGGGGCAGCGGAGCUCGAAAGUCUUCGAGGCGCAAGCGACCAUCCCUGCACAGGUGUGCUUCGGUGUCGCUCUUCUUGGCUGCAUGUUCGCGACCCACGGCCUGAUGGGCUACAGCAGGGAAGCGGGCGCCACCGUGCACCUCAUGGCAAACGAGCGGAGCGCGGCUGCUCGGCUGACGAGCGCGUCUGGCCUGGAGAUGUCCAUGGAUAAGCCUGCGGCGGUAGUCUUGGCGCGCCAGCUUGACCACUACGAGCUGCUGGACUCCUUCGUGGAGGGCCGCGCGCACGCGUUCGAGAUCGGCUCCCUGGCGCAGCCGUUGCACGGACUCGUGGCGAUGGCGGCCCUGAUCUGGUGCAUCGCUUGCAGGGACUCCUUCUUUGGAUUGUCGCGCCUGGCGCUGGCGCUCGUGGCCCCCGAGGGGCAGAAGACCAUCACGUGGGACGAGGCUUACGGCCCGAUCCUGCACAAGCUCGGCAUCCGCAAGCCGGACGCAGAGGAGGCUGGCCUCACCGGCGAGCCGCCGAACGAGCGCACGCCGCUGACCGCCACCAGCGGCGGCAAGGAGAAGUAAGGUGACCCCGAAGGGCAGAGGACCAUCACGUGGGACGAGCCCGCGGCCAGGUCCUGCCGCCGACCGCCGGCGGCGGCAGCAAGGAGAAGCGCUGACAUAUUGUUGGGCGGCGUUCGUGCAUGUCCUAAGCUCCAGUCCUCUUGAGUGGGCCCAAAUGGGGUUGGGGCAGAUCACGUCCGCAAAUCAAGCAUGACCGAUGCAUCGGCGAUGCAACGUGAUCCAGAAUCCAGUUCUUUCUAUGCUGGCGUGGCCGAUGCACAGUCGACGCAUUGGCGAUGAGAUGCGAUACGUAGACCCCAUUUGCUCUUGCCUCAUUUUAGAUGGCUUCAUCCUCUUGAUACGUGCUGAUCCCCUCCGUCCUCUCGUUGCUGGAGCCGUUUAGAGCACACGUGCAAGUGUAGGCCUUCACGCCUCCCCUCAAACGGAGAGUCGCGACUUGCCUCGACCAGUUCACUAUUUGCAUAGAAUCUCCCAGGAACACC